AUGUAAAUAUUCAAAAGUGACAUUUUUUUUGUCAUGCGCUCUCUUCCGUACCGCCUAAAAUUUCUGUAAUGUUGGAUUCGUAUUGUUUAGAUAUUUUUUAUAUUUUUCUAGGAAUUUUCAUUCUAGUGUAUCUAGCAAUUUUUGAGUAUUGCGGUCAUGUAAGCAAAAAAUCAACAACUUCUAGACAAGCACAAUCACAAACAAUAGGAUCUUAUGGUUAUGGAGAUUGCGAUGGACCUCAUAUCUGGAAAGACAAUUUCCCAAAUGCCUGCGGAGAGAAUCAAAGUCCUGUAAACCUACAAUCACCAUGUGCCAUAGUUGUUCAUGCCGAAACACUUCUGAAUCCUUUGGAAUUUUCCAGAGAGUAUCGUUCGUUUCCUCCAGAAUUGAUCCUGAUCAAUGAUGGGCAUACUAUUAAUAUCUGCCCUGAAUUCAAAGAAUGUCCAACACCAAAAAUUUCUGGCGGACCAUUAGAUGGAUCUUAUGAGUUGCACAGCCUAAAUCUUCGUUGGGGCCCAAAUGAUGAAGAAGGUACUGAACAUAUGGUAGACAAUAAGAGAUUUGCGAUGGAGAUGCAAGUAACAUUCAUGAGAGCAGGACACAGAAAUAAAUAUAUUGCGGCUGAUGCUGGAGAUGUUAUCAUGAUUGCAUACAUUUAUGAGAUUACACCAAUAGACAACCCAUUUUUGGACAUAAUUUUGGAACCUCUUGGAACAAACUCUGUUUCAUUCAAGAGAUAUGAAAUAGAACCUAUUCCAGUAUCACUUCUCGCUCCAUGUUUCUCCAGAGGAUACUUCAGUUAUGUUGGUUCAUUGACACAUCCACCAUGCACAGAAGGAGUUAGAUGGAUAGUACAACCUGAGCCCCUUUCCAUAUCCUGUCGUCAGAUAAAGAAAUUACGGAAGACACCAAUGCUUUACUGUGAACAAAAAACUAAUACCAGACCUGUUCAGGAAUUGAACAGUCGGGAAAUAAUUUAUUAUGAUUAAAAAAUUUGGGUACA